AUGUUCUCGAUCCAAACCAGUUCCGAUGUACCCAUCUAUCUUCAAUUGAUUCGUCAAGUGGAAGAAUUUGUGACGACGGGGGUGUGGCAACCGGGCGACGCGGUGCCUUCUGUGCGACAAGUCGCCCAAGACUUGGCCAUCAAUCCAAUGACCGUUUCCAAAGCGUAUGCACGGCUGGAAUCCAUGGGGUUAUUGCGGGGCCAAAAAGGCAAGCGCAUGACAGUUGGACUCGCCCAACAUACGCCACGUGAACUGCUGGCACCGGCGGUUCUGGAGUUGGUGGCCGAAGCACAGCGCUUAGAAGUGACACCGGCGGAACUCACGGCUUGGUUGAUCGCGGCUUGGGAUAAUCGAGAUGUUUAA